AUGUGCAAUUUGUUUUGGCUUUCGGCCUGUUUUUUGGCCCUGUGGUUGCCCUUCGCCCUGAGCGAACCCAAUGCCACAAGUGUCGAGUCGAGGGAUCCCAAGACUGAGCAGAAUAAAGAAGUGGUACCCACGGCGGAAAAGCUGAUCCGAUACCGCCGACAGCCACCCUACGCCGUGAUCAAGCGCUCCAAGCAGCGCCGGCGGACCAAGGGUCCACCCAAGAUCAAGUAUGGACCACCACCGCCUCACAUUCGCUACUCGAAGCCCUCGUUUCCAGCACAUAUCGAGGAACCCAGCUUCUCACUAGAUGACUUCCAGCACCUAAAGUUCGAUGGUUCGGACUUUAAGAUCCCUGCUUCGGGUUAUGAGGCGCAGUCCAUGGAUCUGGAUUUCUAUAACCACGAUACGGAACCGGAUCUCUAUGGAGCACACAAAUUCCCCAGCCUGGACUUUGGAUUGGUCACCACCCAUGAGCAUGUGCCCCAUCAGAAGUAUGGAUUACCUCCUCUGCAGCAGAGCUUCCAACCGGAUCACUCCUUUGCCACGCACUAUGAGCCUCCUCCGGCUCCGGCUCACCCGCCAGCCACCCGCUAUGGAGUACCCUCUGCUCCUGUAGAGGUUCCCAGCUAUCCGCAUCAUGACCUGCCCUCUCCAGACUCCUAUUCCAUUUAUGAGCAGAAGAUACCUAAUGUGGGCUAUCAUCAGAACUUCGCAGAGCCACCCAAAAAGCCGCCUAAACAUGGUUCUAAUCAAAAUCCUAAUUUUGAGAUUGCCUAUUCCCCGCCUGCCUUCGAGAUCAGCACUUCCUAUCAGUCGAACCACCAGCAAAGCUACGUGCCACCUCAUCCCUCGCAACCCCAUGAGGGAUUUGCUGAGCCACCGUCCAACAACUAUGUGAAGCCUCCUUCACAUCCUCCAGCGAAUAGCUAUGCUCCACCUCAACAUCCUUCUUCGAGCUAUGACCAGCCUCCACAACAUCCCUCCUCCAGUUAUGAUCACCCUCCCUCGCAUCCUUCAACCAGUUAUGAUCACCCUCCCUCGCAUCCUUCACCCAGUUAUGAUCAACCACCCCAACAUCCCUCAUCCAGUUAUGAUCAUGCUCCUGUACAUCCCUCCUCCAGUUAUGAUCAUCCUCCUCAACAUCCCUCAUCCAGUUAUGAUCAUCCUUCCCAACAUCCCUCCCUCAGUUAUGAUCAUCCUCCUCAGCAUCCCUCCUCCAGCUAUGACCAACCACCACCUGAUUACCAGCAUCCGCCUUCAUCCACCUACGACCAACCACCUCAACAUGUUCCCACAAACUAUGUAUCCUCCGAUACCCAUUCCAUCAAUAGUUAUCCCCAGGACGACUAUGCUCCACCCUCGCAGGAACUGCCCUUGAAUCCACACCACAAGUUCCCUAGCUUUGAUUUUCCAAAAUCCAGCUACGAAGUGCCCAUCUACGAUCCCGUGCCCUUCGAGGCCUCCAAUCGGGAUGAGCAGGAGUCCUAUCCACCCAUUUUGCCAUCCUCACCCGAUCAGAAUGAGAUAACAUCAGAUGCCCAUGCGGCUGGAAGUUCCAAGCGGCGGAAGAGGAAGCGAAAGCCCAGUGCUGGAGUUGUGCCCGCAAAACAUACGUUGGAUGUUCCCGAGCUCCAGCAGGCCUAUGAUGCGGACACCCAUUCGGGGGAGUCGAAUGAAAAUGCGGAUACAGAUACGAAUAGCUCGCACUAUGUGGAGAGGAAGCAGACCUUCUUCAACUUUGUUACGCCCACAACGACGACGUCAACUACUCCGGCUCCUUGGAGUCCAAUGAGGGGCAGGAGUAGCUCGACCCGUGGAGCAUUCAUACCCACCAUUGUUACAAGUACUCCAGCAAUCCCCACUACAGCUAAGAGUAGGAGUAGAGGCUCAUCGCGGUAUCGCAUAAAACAGCAAGCCGUGAAUCCCAGCUCACCCGAUCCCAUCACCACCAGCGUUCGAAUCGAUCAGUCCCAUUCGCAAAGUUACUACGAUGGAACCAUUGCACCACCCACCAGGCAGCAGUUUUCACCCACAACUGGAGGGCGUGGUUCGCGACCCACACGACCUGGUUACGUUAGGAACCACGGUCCAGUGUCACCGCUGGCAUUGCAGCCAGCAGAUCCUGGAAGAGGUCCACCCACAUCUAAGCGAACCACCAAGGGCGUCUUCGACACGACCCUGUUCAAGAGCCCUCUCAGCGAUCGGGAAAUGGAACGCAAUCUCCAUGGGCUGCGUCAAAACUUGCCAAAAAAUCACAAACUAUUUUGA